AUGUUCCCUUUCAUCAAUAACGCCCGAGACCAAAACCCAACAAAGCACUUUCUAUUCUAUUCAAACUUAAGAAACAUUUUCUACAUCACGGUGAUGGACGACCUGACAGCCGGGACGCAUCAAGCGACGCCAGACUUCGACGCGGACGAAUUCCUCGCAAAGGUAUCUUCCGACUACCACGCAAAAAGCAGAGGCGUCCUCAAAAGUCAUUUCCACCGUACCGCUUCGCAUAUAGUGGCCCGUAAGAACGGGUUUAUCUUAGCUGCGAAAGUAUUCUACCAGAAAGACUGUGCGAUCAUCAUUCGGGCAGACAAUAUCUGGCUAGCUAUUCUUGCGCAGCUGACACCCUGGAUCUAUCAAGCCGCUCCCGUUCCAGAAAAUCAACAUAUCCCGACCUUUACUCCAAAUCAGCUCGAUAACCCAGUCUGGGUGGCAAGGUACUUGUCCCAUUGCGUCGAAAUAAAAUUUGGCCCCCAGGCCACGAAAGUUCUUAUGCCGGAUUUCUGCACGACCACGCCCGCAGAUGCCACAGCGGCCGCCCUCAUACUACUCGGCACACCUUGCACGAAUCUCUUCUACCUGGCAAUAGAGACGCCGAAGAAACAUCCCAAUUGCGACAAUGUGUUUUUCAGAGGCGACAGCGCGAACUGGUAUAAGAUGUAUCUAAGUCUUGAGGCACUCGGAACCUGGUCCACAGACCUGAAUUACAUCGCACUUCAGCAUCAAGGCUUACUGCACAGCAUUUUGACAACUGGGGAGAAUGAAUCAUGGAGCGAGUUCUGGAAGAACAUGAUCAUAAUGGACCCCGAGAAAUCUCUGAUGAGUGGUUGGCUUUUUGCCUUCUUCAAUUGGUACAAGCACGACAAAAAUCCUUUAUUUCCUGUUUGUACAGGUAUGCCUUCUGCUGUUGCAUCGCUGCCUAUUAUGGUCAGUGAUGAUCAGGGUGUCAAGAAUUGCACAAUGGUUGGAGGCUUAGCUGGGAUUUCGGUUGAAGAACCAGAUGUUAUUGACUGUGAGACUGAUAUCGAUGGUGUUGUUCAGCCGAUGUCUGGCUGGCUGGUGUACUUGGACAAAGACCCUGAACCGGGGGAAUAG